AUGUUCAAUUCUAGCAUCCCCUUUCAUCUCUCACUGCCCGUCAUAUCCAUCCCUCAUGUAAACGUCUCCUUCCCCCCAGCCAUAUACUGGCUGAGUAUCCUGCCCGUCGCCAUCCUCCUGCUCCAAUUCCACCGUCCGCAGGUCCGCCCACAAGGCUGUCGCAAGCUGGGCCUCUCCCCAGCGCAAUCCAAUCUCCGCGAUGAAUACGACCCCAAAUACACCCAGGGCGUCCCCUCCACACAGAGAGACGAACAAGGCCGUCCCGCCUGGCGCAUCAAAGCGCUCUUCACCUUCCCCAUCAAAAGCUGCGCCGAGGUUGAGCUCGACGUCGCCGACGUAGUUGCAACCGGACUCGCGCACGACCGCCAAUUCUGCUUCGCCGAGUACAUUACCCCGAGUCCGUCCCCAUCCUCGCAGCCGUCGCAGCAGCAACAACCCUACUGGACCGCGCGCACCAUGCGCGACGGCGAAUUCAGCAAGCUCGCCCUCAUCCGCCCGGAGAUCUGGGUCCCCGAUCCCACGGCACCAGACUACGCGCCGGAUCUCGACGAAGUACGUUCUCACGGCGUCCUCAUCGUGCACUACCCGCGCGUCCCCCGCAAUACCCUACAUGCCCUUCUCCUCCGCUGCGCGGCGUCAUUACACCUCCUCCCCACGGAGCUAUCCUUCACCGUCCCCCUCAUACCCCCGUCUCCAACCCGCUACCCCUCCACCGCGGUCAAAAUCUGGAAAGACAUCCCACUAGCUUGGGACUACGGCGAACACCUCCCGCCGUCACUGCGCGCAUUCCUCACCGCCAACAGCGGAGGCCGCACCCGCGGCCCCAUCACCCUCUUCCGCGCGCACCCCGCCCACCCGCGCGAGAUCUUCCGCUGCGCCCCGCGCAAGGAAGAUGUCGGCUUCCAGCCCGUGACGGCCUUCGCGGAUGCAUACCCGCUGCAUCUGCUCAACCUGGCCAGCGUGCGCGACGUCGCGCGCCGCUGCGUCGGUGAUAUCCCGCGGUUGAGUGUGCGGCGGUUUCGCGCGAAUGUGCUUGUGCAGGGGCCGCCGGCGUUUGCGGAGGACGCGUGGAAGCGGAUUCGGGUGUGUGGGCCGGCGGUGGUGGGAACGGGUGAGGGCCUCGAGAUCUAUGCCUCGUGUCGGACGAUGCGGUGUAAGUUGCCCAAUGUCGAUCCCGAUACCGGGGUCAGACAUCCUGCGGAGCCGGACCGCACGUUGAAGAGUUACCGCCGCAUUGACCCCGGGGAUUAUUCGAAUGCGGCGCUGGGGAUGCAGCUUGUGCCUGUGGCGAGGGAGUUUACGCUGCGCGUGGGGGAUGCGGUUGAAGUGCUGGAGACUGGGGAGCAUUUUUAUAUCAAGAUGCUUGCGCCGGGGGAGAAGGUUGAGGGGGUGUGA